AUUUGUUUUAUUUUGUCUAUUUAGUGUUUCUUCAGGUUUAAAUGUGUAAUAACGGUGGUUUAUUAACUGUUUAGUAUCUGUGAAAGUGCACAAAUGUGGAAAAAAGAAACAAAGCCGCAAAACGUAACUUCUGGGGAUCCUCCGAAAAAAAAAGGAAAUUACUGGUGGUUGGACCUAUUGUGAGUCCGCACGGCAAUCCAUUGAAAGGUACUACAUAAUCAUCACAACUUUAUUACUUAAUACAAGAUACUGCUUUAUCGUAAAAGAAGAAUACAUACCAAAUAAUGUCUGAAAACACUGAAGAACUCACAACCCCGACAGAAGAAAAAUGUACCAAAGAAACACUAAAAAAUCAAGAUGAAAUGGAUGAAAAUGCGAUAUCUCGAAUGACUGCUUCAUACAGCGAAAUAUCCUUUCACUCCGAUCAGGUACAACCAGAUACCCAGGGAAAAACUGCAGGACCAUCUAGACCUUAUGAUUUGCCAUCAGAAAACCGUAAGCAAGAUAAAUUACCGUUAGACAUGGACGGUCAUGUGAGGUAUGAAGGUGAAAUGACCCAUUAUGUUGCAGAUGAUUUAGAGUUUAAAAUCAAACUAUCAAGUCCAGUUGCUAAAAAAGGAGAAACACCUGUUUUUGGUAGUUCCAGCGCAUCACGUUCCAGCACACCUUCAGGAAAGCUAUACAGACAGAUUUUGGCUCCUCAGAUAGGUCAAAUAGACAUCACAGUAUUACAUGAUCUUGAACAUGAAGCUCAAAAAAUUGCUCAAUCAGUUGAUAAUUUAAUUGAAAACUUGUCUAGUAUUUUGCAUUCAAAUUCAUCACUUACUGCUGAAAAUAUGGAUGUUUAUAAGGAUGCAGUAGGUAAGACUUGCGAUGCAAUGGACAAUAACAUCAAGAGUAUGUAUACAAUACUUGCAAAAGGUGAAGAAGUGUCACAAGCUAUGAUCCCUGUACAAGCUCAGGCAACAAGGAUAGCAGAGAUAAAGAGACUGUUACAGUUAUUUGAAAAUAAUUUCUAAUAUUGUAAUUCUAAUUGUGUACAUAUUUUUAUUAAGUAGACUGUCAGAUAUGCUCAUGAUCCAACUGGUGUUCAGUAUUUACCUUAGCUUAUAGACAUUAGAAACAUGAGUACCAGAGACCCACAGAUGAGGCGUAAGGUGGAAGUCUCAACAGAAAUGUAUUAUGUUUCAAUCGCUAUAUUACAAUGAAAUAAUCUUGGUUGUGUGGUAUCUGAUAGUUAGAAAGUCGUAGAUAAGGAUCCUGCUACUACAGAUGUGUUUAAUAGCUCUACAGACUAUUGUCAUUGUAGGACUACAGACCAAAUCUCUAUGUAUCUUGCACUUUUUUACAAAUAGUUCACUAAUAGUGUCAUGCUACCACAUGUUUGGCACAGUUGUCAAGAAUGAUAGUGUUAAAACAAAUAAUAUAUUAAAUAUUUAAAAGUAUUAUGUCAUUAAUUGUACACACGCCUAUCAGAAUGACAUUGUACAUAACUUUGUUCAAAUGUGGUAAGAAUGAAUUAUACUUGACCUUAUACAGGGUGUCCCGUAAGUUGUAGACAAACAUAAAGACAUUAAUAUCUAAGAAAAACACUUAAAUUUAUUGUCCUAGGUAUUUUACUUGUGAGGUUAUGGAUUUUUUUAAUAUUACAAUGAAGUUUUGCGAUAUACACACAAUUUAACAUUUAAAAAAAUUGAUUAUCAUGCUUUUGUUAUUUUAUGUAGUUAUGCAUUGGGCUUCCUAAUUAAAUCAAUAUUUAAGAAUAAUUAUUAGCAACAUGAAAAUUAAACAGCAAUAGAUGUGCAAUUUUUACAUUUAAAAGCAUUCUAAGUGAUUUUUAAACAAAACUGGUAUAAAAAAAUUUACUAUAGCCCUGUAGAACUUAAUUUAAAAAACAACUUGGUACACUAAUACCAUUUUCAUGUUCCUGAAAUUUUAUCUUAAGUAUAAUUUUAAUUAGAAAGCCUAAAUCAUGCUUAAUUACCUAGGACAAAAAAUUACAAAAGCAUAGUAAUGGAUUUUGUAUUUAUUUAUUUUGUGUACAUUGUAUGACAAUUUCACUUUAAAACAUAAAAAAAUCCACAACUUUAAAACUGCAAGACCUAAGAUAAUAGAUUUAAGUGUUUUUCUUAAAUAUAAAUUUCUUCUAUUCCACAUAGCUCGUUGGUCCACUUAUGGGACACCCUCUAUACAUAGUUUUAGUUAAGCAUAAACCUAUAGUGAUCAAUAAAGAUUAUUAGUUUAUUUCUUAUAAUAUAAUUUCUUUGGUAACAUUUUUAUAGCUAAUGUAUAAUCGCUAUAUAAAAUUUAACAAACUUUUUCAUAAAUUUAUAUUAAUAUGUAUGUAGUAUGUACAUAAAUAAAUUAUUUAAGAAUAAAAUUUGAAAUAACAAAUUCAGUGUUCACGGUUCUUAAAACCGGUAACUACUUUACAACAGGUGGGUUGCAAGCUAGUUUACUAUCUACACAAUAAAUAAUACAAAAACCUUA